AUGUCGGACGAGGGUGAGAGUGUUAAGAAGGAUGGAGCUGUCGCCAGCGACAAUCCCAGUGUCGAGCAGCAACAUAUAGUGCAAGACUCUGCACACAUACGUGUGAGCGAAGAAUAUGAUCCACAGAUGCCUUCUCUCCCUAUUGAGGUUUGGGAACAAGUCAUUGAUCUCAGCUGGGAAUUCGACUCGGUCAAGGCUUGCUCGCUGACAGUCUUGCUCAAGGACAAAAAGCAAGUCGCGCACAUGGCAAGAUUGGUCCGCCGGGAGCCUUACCUGAAGGACGCGGUGAAGAAGGUGGUGCUCAUGGGUGGAGAUCGCGACUUUGAGGUGCUCCCUCACUUUGGGACCUUCGCCGCGAUGCUCGCGCGGCAGCUGACACGGGCGGCGAAGCUCGAGGUGCACUGGGCAAAGUGGCAGACUGGUCUGUUUCACCCCGACGUGUUCCUGCACAUGACCGCGUUCACUUCUAUCACGCAUCUUAGGAUCUACUUUGUCUCGUUUCCAUCUGUGCUCGUUUUUGGCCGGUUUGUGUCCGCGCUCCCGCAGCUAAAGCAGCUGGAAUGUGCGCACGUACAUUUUGAAAAUGGUUCCUUCGAUAAGCGGUCUCCGGUCGUGCGAUCGUUCCCCACACAAUUCGUUCUCGAUGGGAUCACGGGCGUGGAGGGCGUCAUUGACUUUGUCGUUGGCACAACGAUCAGCGCGAAGCUCGAGGAGCUUGUGCUAUGGCGCUGGGGGUCUGUUUCGACGAGAGAUCUCGCCGCUCACUACGAGCGAUUCCAGCGGUUACUGCAGGUUAUUGGGAGUUCGCUGGUCAGCUUUGAGGCUACACUGAAUGGGAUGUCUGGCAAAGAACCCGAGUCAGACGUGAAAUUUAUCGGUUCUGCUCUAAACUUGAGCAGUAAUACAAACCUAGAAGUCCUCAAGCUGGUUAUCCAGGACAUCUGCGCCGCGUCCCGCGGUUGGGUGGACGCGCUUCUGAAAACUGUGUCGACUAAGAAGCUUCGUGAAGUGCACAUUGUCUAUCGAUGGAUGAUUUCCAACCCCAGUCUAGAGAUCGUGCUAACCGCACUGAACGAGGAAGAAUGCAGGCGAAUUGAUGAUUUCCUAACAGGGAAGCAGUUUUCGAAGCUUACUCAAGUUUCCUUUGGAUUAUAUACCAGGCAGAGAAAUCAUGUCCUACCCGCGGCACAAGCUUGGUGGGGAGAGCUUUCCUCCCGGUUUCCGAAACUCCGUGCCAAGGGUAUAUUCCGAACCACCGUAUUGGUUGACUACAUGGCUCUUUGA